CUUUCCUAAACUACAUGCACUCUCCUGGUGUCCUGCUGGCUGACCACAGUGGGAUCAGAGAACAAAAAAAGAAGAAGAGCAGUGUGGCACUGCUGCAAGUCACAGAUUAGAGGUCCUGACGACUGACCCAUUUAAUAAGAUUGUCGGCGACUUGCUGCAGUCGAUGCUGCAGUUCUGAGCCGCUCCUGCACCGGGACAGCAGACUCAAUGAGAAAGACAUGCUCGCAUUCGUUUUGGUAUCUGGGUCGCUCUGGAUUAUAUUAGAACCUACUUCGUCGAGUGUUUAGCCUAAUCAUACUAUAGGCUAUUGCUGCGGUUGGCGCUUCGCCUGCACGAGCUGAGUUCCACCCUUAUGGAGAAGAUGCAGGCCCAGGAGAUGAUGAGCGGCCUGAGGAUACCGGAGAUGGACGAGCUCGGCCAGUUCUUUCGCUCCCUGCCAACUUCCACGCUGGUGGGCAUCGGCGCUUUGACCGCCGUGCUGGCGUACUGGUUAGCCACCAGACCCCGUCCCAUCAAGCCACCCUGCAGCCUGCUACACCAGUCUGAGGAGGUGCCGCAUGAAGAUGGAGGUCGCAGGUCCAUGAUGGGCGACAGCUCCAAGCUGCUGACUCAUUACCAUGAUGACGCCAGGACCAUGUAUGAGGUCUUCCAGAGAGGCCUCCACAUAUCUGGUGAUGGACCUUGCUUAGGCUCGCGGCUUCCUAACCAGCCUUACAAAUGGAUGUCCUACAAAGAGGUGACAGCCCGGGCUGAGCAUCUGGGCUCAGGCCUUCUGCACCAGGGAUGCCAGCCCAACCCCAACCAGUUUAUUGGAGUGUUCGCCCAGAACAGGCCAGAGUGGAUCAUCUCAGAGUUAGCUUGCUACACCUACUCCAUGGUGGUGGUUCCCCUGUAUGACACACUGGGCCCAGACGCAAUACGGUUCAUCAUUAACACUGCUGACAUCUCCACAGUCAUCUGUGACAAAGUAGAGAAAGCUCAGGUGCUUCUGGAUAAUGUGGAGCGGAAGGAGACUCCGGGCCUACGAAGAAUCAUCCUGAUGGAUGCCUUUGACUCAGCCCUUGUGGACCACAGCAAGGGCUGUGGCGUCCACGUGCAGGCAAUACAGGAAGUGGAGGCUCUGGGAAGAGAGCACUACAGAAAACCCGUACCACCAGCACCAGAUGACCUGUCUAUUGUGUGUUUCACCAGUGGCACCACAGGGAACCCAAAGGGAGUCAUGCUCACGCAUGGGAACGUGGUGGCAGAUUUCUCAGGCUUCCUCAAAGUAACAGAUAAAGUAAUUUUCCCCAACCAAGAUGAUUGCCUCAUUUCCUUCCUGCCACUGGCUCACAUGUUUGAGAGACUUAUUGAGUCUGUGGUGUACUGCCAUGGAGGACGGAUCGGGUUCUACCAGGGCGACAUCCGUCUUCUCCCAGAUGACAUGAAGGCCCUGCGGCCGACCAUUUUCCCUGUGGUGCCUCGACUGCUCAACCGCAUGUACGACAAGAUCUUCAGCCAGGCUAACACCCCAUUGAAGCGUUGGCUGCUCAACUUUGCUGCAAAAAGAAAAGGUGCUGAAGUCAGCAGUGGGAUCAUUCGCAGUGACAGCAUCUGGGACAAAAUCUUCUUCAGUAAGAUUCAGGCCAGUCUGGGAGGAAGGCUGAGGAUGAUUAUAACAGGAGCAGCUCCUACCUCGCCCACUGUGCUGGGAUUUCUCAGAGCAGCUCUGGGCUGCCAGGUGUACGAGGCGUACGGCCAGACAGAGUGCACAGCUGGCUGCACCUUCACCACACCUGGAGACUGGACCCCAGGUCACGUCGGGGCCCCUCUGCCUUGUAACCUCAUCAAACUGGUGGAUGUUCCUGAAAAGAAUUAUUUUGCUUCUAAGGGAGAGGGAGAGGUUUGUGUGAAGGGACCUAAUGUGUUUAAGGGCUACCUCAAAGACCCGGAGAGGACGGCCGAGACGCUGGACGCAGACGGGUGGCUUCACAGUGGAGACAUCGGCAAAUGGUUACCUAAUGGCACACUGAAGAUCAUUGACAGGAAGAAGCACAUCUUCAAGUUGGCACAGGGCGAGUACAUCUCCCCUGAAAAGAUUGAGAACAUCUACAUUAGGAGUCAACCUGUGGCACAGCUCUAUGUUCAUGGCGAUAGCCUGCAGUCCUGUUUGGUGGGAAUUGUGGUUCCUGACCCUGAAGUCAUGCCGGAGUGGGCAAAGAAAAAAGGCAUAUUAGGCACCUACAAGGACCUCUGUAAAAACACAGAAUUAAAGAAGGCAGUCCUUGAAGAUUUGGUGCGUCUGGGCAAGGCUAGUGGCCUCCACUCUUUUGAGCAGGUGAAGAACAUCUACAUCCACAACGAGAUGUUCUCCAUUGAAAACGGCCUCCUGACUCCAACACUAAAGGCCAAGAGACCAGAGCUAAAGGAGUUCUUCAAGGGGAAGAUUGACCAGCUCUACAGCAGCAUCUCCAUGUGAAGUCUGGCAGACCUCGUUUUCCUUCAAGCAUCUUAGCACUAAGAGCUACUUUGACCAUUGACCUGGGACGAAGAUGUGACCUUAGGCUUAACAUGCUUUGGGAAAGCAAGCCAAAACUGGCCGUACUAUGGGAGAUUUAACAUACCUAAAUAAAACAAAUCAAAGAAAUAAAAUGAAAUACAUUACACAUUGUUAUGUGUAUUUCCUUUUUAUGUAUGCAUUUAUUGUCAUAAUUACAUUAAAGCAUAUGUUCAAAGGAAAA